CCGAAGUUUUUUUGUAUUCUCUUUCUCUUUCAUCUGUUUCAUUCUCCGUUUCUCAUUUUUUCUUUGGCCGAGUCCGAAAACCUAACUGAGUUUCUUCAUUUUUUUUCAAAAUCGUUUGGCAUUGACUGGUUAAACAAUGGUUGUCACUCGUGCGGGGUCUGCAUCUCCUGCUCGGUCGGGUGCUGCGUUCUCUGGCCCAGCAUCCUCGAAGCAUUCCGACGAUCAAGAGUCUUCCGAAACGAAGGGGAAACUUCUGAAGAGUAAUCUUUCUCCUUUGUCUAAAGGGAAAGCUGUUUUGAAGUAUUCAUUGGAUUCUCCCCUUCCUAAUGUGAUCGAGGAUGAUGUUGGUGGUUCAAAUGAGUUGAAGGAGGGCGACAUGCAUGCGAGUGUUGACUUAAUUGGGAAAAAGUUGAAGCGAAAACAUGUUGCAUUGUCAAAGAGCAAAGUCAGUGCGAAGAAAUCUAAGAAACUAUCUAUUGGAGGUUCUAGUCGAGUAAAGUGCAAGGCUAACAGAAAAAUUGCGAAGAAGAAUGUUGGUUUACUGGAUAAACCGAAGCAUAUGGAAUGUUUUAUCAAACAUGAGGAUCAUUAUAGAGCAAGAGUCAAUUUUCACUGUGGUUUUGAGAAGAUCAAUGUGAUCUCAGAAAAAUUGACUGACUCUCAAAAGGUUUUGUUUAGUAAGACUUGCUUUGGUCAUUUUCUAAACCUUAAAUCUUAUGCUAAUCAAGCUAAAUUGGUUCACCAUGUUUUGUUGAGAGAAGUUAACCAACCAAACUUAAAUGAAAUGUGGUUUAAAGUUUGUGGAAAGCUGAUUAGGUUUUCUUUGGGUGAAUUUGGGUUAUUGUCUGGGUUAAAUGUGUUUGGUGAUAUUGAUAGAGGUGGAAUUAAGAAUAGUAAUCCUAUUGGAUUGUAUUCGAAAUUUUUUGGUGACCAUACAAGGGGCAUUUCAAGAAUUAUUGUUGAAGAAAGGUUUAAGGCUGCCAAUUUUGAUAAUGAUGAUGAGGCUGUUAGGAUGGCUGUACUUUACCUGAUCACUAACUUUUUGUAUGCUUGGCAAAAAGAGAAGAACAUUGAAAAAACUGACUUGUAUCUUUGUGAUAGUGGUGGUUUUAAUCAUUUUCCAUGGGGAAAGGAUAUUUUUAAUGUGACUCUCUCAUCUUUGAGAGAUGCUUUAAGGGAAAAUGAAGUUGUUAUUACUCGGCAAGGUUCUUACCCAACCUAUAAGUUGAAUGGUUUGCCAUUUGUUUUCCAAGUUUUCAUUUACGAAUCAAUUCCUAGUUUAGAGGGAACUUAUUGUGAGAAGGUUAGUUGUGGUCUGCCUAGGAUUAUAAAUUGGUCAUCUGUUGCAAUCCCAUCUCAUAAGGAGCUUGAGAGGAAUGUGUUUUCAUUACAUAAGACCAAAAUUGUUAAAGUUUUGCCCACUGAUGAAGAGAACAAUGCCUUCAAGCUUGAAGGUUUUUUCCAGUGCAACAAGGAUAUGAAUGUUGCUGAUUUUGAGGAUGAUGAUUUUGUUGCUCCUCCAAAGAAACCAACCAGUGAGGCUCCUUCCUCAUCAUAUGUUCCUUGUGUGACAUUUGGUUUUUCUGAUAUGAAAAUUAUUGUGGAUGAAUGUCAGAAGAAGUGUAACAUUAUGUCUAAGGAAAUUGCAUUUUUAAAGUCUGCUAGUGAAUCUAGACAUAGGGCAUUGAUGGAGAUGUUGGUUAAUCUGAAAAACGAUCAAGAUUUAAAACACAAGGCAGUUAUGGAAAUGUUAGGUGAGUUGAGGCCAAAAUCAUGUGGUAUUAAUGAUGAUAUUGAUCAUGUUGAUGUUGGUUUUGUGGGAGCUGAUGUUGGUGAUACUUCUGGUGGUGGUGGUGUUUCAAAGGAAAAGGAUAAGUUUUUUGAGAAUGAAAGUUUUACCCAAGUUUUUGAUGAAUGCAUUCAAGCAAUGCAAGAAGAUGCUGCUGGAGAUAUGGUAAUUGCAGAUGAUAAGAAUGAUACAGUAAAUGAGAAUGAGAAGACUACUGGGAAUGAUGUUGAAGAAACAAUGAAUAUUGUCAAACCUCAUGAUGAUGUAGCUGAUGUUGUUAAAGAUCUAGAAGAAGAGGCUCAUAUUUUUAACAACAUGAAUGUGGAGAUUUUUGAUAAAGUUGUUCAUGCAGCUGUUGGUGAUUUGGCAAAGAAAAAGGAAGUUAUUAUGGCAACACCCAUUGCUGGUUCUUUGAUGAAUCCAGUAGUUGUGUCUACUCCUGUUGUUGGCAAAAGGAAUCCAAAGCCUGCUACAGUUUUGCAAUCUCCUUUUGUUAACCAAUUUGGAUCAUCUUCUUCUAAGGAUAUGAAACAUUUGGAGGUUGUGAAGUCUAAAAGGAAGGUUGUGGGACGAUAUGCUUUUGGAGACAAUCUUUUUGAUCUGCCUAAUCAAAUUGACCAAGACUCUUUUAACAAGUGGUUUUCUCUGGGGCUGAGAAAAAAUAAUAAGUAUAAGAAAUUUGAUGAUAAUAAUAGUAUCAUUAAGGAGCCAUUUCAGUUUUGUGUAACUGAGAUUGAGAGAAAAAUUUGGUUUUAUGAUUUAGUUAAAGAUGGGAGGGAUUUGGACAAUGAGCAUAUUAAUGUGGCAUUUUAUUACCUUAGAAAAAAAGCCAAGUAUUGUGAGUUGAUAAAUGUUAGAGUUACUACUACAGAUAACUCUUUUGAUCAAGUUAUCACUGCUCUGUAUGAUGUGUAUCUGUCAAGUGACUGUGAUCGAUCUGUUAUAUCGCAUAACAGUGUUAUUUUUUAG